AGUGGGAUUAAUUACCGGGUAUAUCUGAUUUGUGUCCCUUGGAUAGUCUCCAUAUACUUCAGACAUUUUUGUAACAAAUUACUUACUGAAGUUUAUUUGAUUUUCAGCUGUUCCUUGAUGAUUCAAAGAUGAAAAAUUUCACCUCAUGUUUUAAAGAAAAGAAAUUUUUGGACUUCUUUUUCAAGAGACUGCGUUUGAAUGAGACCGGAAGAUAUAUGGAAGAUUUCCCAUUUUUGUCUCCCUGUGGCCGGGAGAGGAAUUUUAUUCGAUGUGAUGAUAGACCUAUAGUUUAUGUGCAUUUGGCAGACAACCAAGAUAAAGGUACUUGCGAUAUUUUAUCUUACGGUUAUCCUGGAAGUCCAACUUUGAACGUUCCUUUCCAGCCGGAAAAGAUAUGUAUGUUACCAGAAACUGGCCGUAUAUACCAUCCAGCGGAUCCGGAGGUUGGUGGCGUAGGUUUAAUUAAAUCAAGUAUAGCUAUCGCAAUAAGUAAAUACUUUGAAUUCGGUAAUGGUGAAGAAAAUGCACCAACACAUUUUACAUGGAAUGGAGAGAAAUAUACGUUAAGUAACGACUUGUUGUCUGUGAUAAAUUUAGAUCCUGCUGAAGCUUGGACAGCUCUACAUGAAGAAAGGAAACCAUAACAGUUUUAGCAACUAGUAAAAAGUGCCAAGACAAGUAAAUGUGUAACAAGUUCAUUAUCGGUGGUACUCAGAGAUUUAUUAAAUGUUAAUUGGCAGUUUUAAUACAUGUUAGUGAAUUUGUAAGUUAUAGGUGAAAAAAUCAAAUUAUUAUAUGAGUUAUUGUUUAAAAAUAAAUCUGUUACUUAAAAAGUGUUCUCUGAAUUGAUUCGAUAUGUUGCUGUUUAGAAACAUGAAGGUAAAAUAUGUGUGAAAUAUCUUUGAAAAAUGUUCAUAUCAUAUUCCUAUAAUGCUGAAAACUUUGUAUUGAGUGCAGUUGGAAAACUACCAUCACUUUAAAAGAGUUAAAUUAAAUACUAUAUAUUA